AUGUGCCGCUUGGCUGACGGGUCAUCAGCUUUUAAUAUCGGCACCGAUAUCAUCUUCGCCACACUGCCGACUCUGGUCGUCUGGAAGCUCCGGAUGGAGCGCAAGGCUCGGUUUGCUGUUGUCAUGGGUAUCGUCAAAUCGAAGUACCAGCUCGCGUUAGAGAAGGAUGAGGACAAGACCUUCAACCAAAACAUACAAGUCUUGGGUUUUUUGCAAUUGCAGCUCGGCAUCAUCGCGGCUUGCGCGACGGCCUUGAGGCCGUUGGUCAAGAAAAUACUCAGAUUGUCUUCUCGUGAUGACAGACCGAUACUUUUGCAUGACCAAGCGCCAUACCCGAGAAGAACAGGUUGCGGGGUGGGCGGAGACAGUGCCAGCCAGAAGUCUAUUCUGCAAGAUGGCAUCACCAAGACUACGGAGGUGACCAUCAAGGGCCAGGAAGGGCAAAUGGAUGGUGCAGACAGAGCGGAGAGCUCGAUUUUCCCGGGGCAGUAG